UUCACGCGGUGUCGCUGUCAGUCGUGUAUUUUUAUGCGGUGCGUGUUUUGAAAGCGUGUUUUCGAAUAAUCCACACUCGAUAGCCUGAACUUUCGUUUCUAAUUUCUCGGCCGCAUGUGGUAGCCUUUGGCGAGUUUUAUUUUGCAAAAUGACUGCAAAUACCGAAAGCACCGGAAGGAAACCGAUAGAUAAGGCUGUGUUUAAGUUUUUCGAGAAAUUUAUCAACCAAGAUGAGGCGAUUCGUGUCCGCGGAGCAGCUGAGCUGCUCGCCUUCCUAGCGAAUGACGAUAAGGAAAAGGAACGCAGUUACGCUUUGAAGCGAUUGGUUCGCGGCGUAGGUUCGAAUAACAAUGAUUCUCGGGCAGGAUAUUUUACGGCUCUGGUUGGGUACCUGCAGCAGGUAAAGGGAACCGAAGCGAGUCCGUCCGUUACAGAAUUGUUCAAUUUGAUGAAAUCAGAACUCUCAGAUUCGGACAAAGAUGAAGGUGAAGAUAGGAAACAAGUAAAGUUGGAGUUGCGGGUAGGAAAAGUAUCCGUCUGUGGGGCGAUCAUCAUAUCCGGUCUCAUCGAGGAAGGUGCCACCGAAGAUGAGCUGCAAAUGGUUGUGAAGGCGUUGAAGAAAGGAAUGCACAAACAAGUUACCCCGCUGGCAAUGAGCUAUCUGAGCGAACUUGUACAAAGGGUUGAAACCAAGAAGUUCGGCAAGGUGAUGUGGCCAGUGUUGGAACCAGUGCUCAACGUAUCCAAGGAAGAACACACGAUGGAUACCAUUUACUUUUUACUGGCGACGACUACAAAACAUCGGAAAGCUGUUAAUCAACAAUAUUUUGAAACCAACUUUGGAUGUUCCAGUUUGCUGCAUCAGGAAAACUUCGGUUUCAUUGCAAAAUUACUGUGGGAAAUUCAGAACACUCUCACCAUCAAUCAUCCGUUGUACGAUUUCGUGAUUGAAGUUUUGGUGAACCAAGGCAAAAUAGCAGCUUUCUGGGACACCGGUGUUGAACCGAUUCUGCUCGAAGAUGAAGACACUGAGCUCAAAUACAAGGAUAUUGUAACACUGAGGGUGUUGAUUACGAUUUUAGGCAAGCUUGACAAUUAUUCUUCAAUCCCAGCUCUCCUAAGUCCCGGAUUGCUACAGAUGGUUAUUAAGAACACAAAAAACUUUGCCCAACUUAGCGAAGAUGUACGGGAGCUGUAUCAAGAAGCUUUCACUGCACUGUCCGUAUGUUUCGAUAAAGUUGAAGAAGAUUCGAAGUUAGUAAUUUUUGAAAAAUUGGUCAAUUCUCCCAGUAGUAUUCUGAUUGAAAAGCACGCACCAAACAAACUUAUUCAAAACUUACUGUCAACGAUGAAUGCCGAAUCCGUCAAGGCAGUCGCUGAGAUUUUGAAAAAGCUGAUCUUAUCGCAGGAUAACGAAAAGGUGUUGAAUUCCGAGAGAGUUCAUGCUGCUCAAACGUUGCAAAAACUACUGACUAAUCGCCAUAUUCAAACGGAUAGUGAAUGGCGCAUGGAUACUGUGAAGUUUUAUCUUAAUCUUGGUCUUUUUUAUUCAUCGGAUGGAAGAAAAGUUCUUAAAAGCGUUAAGAAUCAAGAAUCAGUUAUUUCGUCCGAUAUCGUGCCAAUCAUGAAGUCGAUAUUUUUCCAUUGCCUGGAACAAAAACAUUCAAAACUUUCCGAUGAGAAAGAUUUUCUGCUUGUACUGGUGGAGUAUAUUCAGGCUAUUUUCCAAAAAUCGGGAACCAAAUCGCUUCGAGCUCCCUUGAGCGAUAUCCACAUGGAACACUGGACACGUAUGUUCAAUUCGAUAACGAAAAAAGAAAAGCAGAGCAACAAAUUGAGCAAUGUGUUCCAAAUCCUGAUGAUGUACAUGGGACUUCAUUUGUUUAGUGAAGCAGAAGUGGCCGCCAGUUCGAUUGCUGAAUUGGAAAGCGUCAUGAAACGUAUCCAGGGCAAGAAAAAAUCCAAGCCCUGCGGCAAAAUGGAGAUCAACCAGAAUGGAACGAAUGCAGAACCGCAGUGGAUCGAAGUUGUUGUGGAUCUCUUUCUGAAUUUGAUGUCGCAAAACUCGCACCUGUUGCGGAAAGUGAUCGGACACGUUUUUCCGCAUCUAUCCGAGGAGAUGACACUGACGGCGUUCAAUCAAAUUCUUUCGGUUGUCAACCUGAAGGAUAAGACCAAUCCUUUGAGCGUCGAGGAUUCUGGUUCGGUAGAUGGUGAAGAUAAAAUGGAAACGGACGAAGAAGCUGACAGUGAAGAUGAUGAUACAAGUGGCGUCGGUUCACAAAGUGACAUCGAGAACUUUUCCGGGAGUGAAGACGUCGACGAGGACGAAGAUGAAGAUAGUGGUUCGGAUGACGACGAGGAAAAUGAAAAAGUAACGGAUAAAAUGCGAAUGGCCAUACAGGCAGCCCUCGGUGGUGCUCACCCGGAAACAGACACGGAAUCUGUCGAUUUGGAUAACAUGAAAGAAGAGGACGGACAAAAACUAGAUGCAGCACUCGCGGCAGCCUUCAAGAUGUUCAAGGAAUCCAAAAAAUCUAAGCCAACGAAGGAAGAUGUGAAGGUUGAUACAACGCUUACACAUUUCCGCAUGCGAGUCUUCGAUUUGAUCGAUAUUUACCUGAAGAAUAGUCCCAACAUGAUAGUUUGCCUGGAGCUAAUGCUAUACAUUUUCGAGAUGCUUCCGGUGGCAAUCAAGGAAACAAAAUACAAACAAAUUCUGGAACGCUACCGUUGCAUUUUCAAUAAUCUUAUCAAAGUCAAACAAACCAACGUCGAUGUAAAAGAUGUAUCUUCUGAACAACUCGUUCAAAUCCUCAAGGAUUUAAUGGAAAAAGUAGCCAAAGGCCCAUCGUUUCCGGACAAAAAUCAAUAUCUAUUGAAAGCCUGCCAAUUCAUCGUGAUUUGUGCACAACUUAUAGAGAAGAAUGACGAAAACAAUAGUGAUACUAGUAUCGCUGAGGUCUUCUGUGAAUAUCUGAAGGUUUUCAUUGCUGAUCGCAAUCCACCACUCUCGCUGAACGUAUUUAGCAUGCUGUUCAAGUUAAACUGGGCUGCUAAUUGGCGAUUGGCAAAAGUGUUAGCUGAAAAUGGCCUCAACGUCCAAGUCCGAAUUAUUCGCCGAGCACAGACCCUACAACUUUUAAAGGAUCUUCUGAGAAACAAACGGCUUAUAAACAGUAGCCUGCCACAGACAUUGAAAACAGUUAAACACAUAGGCAAUCAAAUCAGCCCCUACAUGGAGGGACUCGCGGCUGCCGAUACAGUAGCUCAAAACGAAUUCAGUGAACUUGUCCAACUUUUGCUAGAGCUAAACGCCGUUCAACGGCAGCAAAAAGACUUUACCGUCCUGAAUUGGAAACAAGCUGGAUCGCUAGUACAAAAGCUUCGCCGCGUGAACUUGAAUUCCCAAACUAUGUGUCACUAUUUGAGACUUUGCAAAUUUCUCCAGCUGGAGCCCAUCAAAAAUGAUAACGAAAAGAAAAAUCAAAACACGAGCUCUAAAAGUAAACAGAGCAAACAGCAGAAUAGUUUAACGAAUGGUCAACAUCAUAGCGAAGAUGAGAACGAUGACGAUGAUAACGUUGAACAAGCGAAAAACUGCAACGGAAAGAUGAAGCGCAAGAAAAAGAAUAAUGCUGGUGAUACUGCCAAACAGAAGCGUUUGAGGAAAGAGGAACGACUGAGGGCCGCUUCUCAAGGACUAGAAACGGUUUCUUUCGUAAAUGCGGAAUAAUGCUUUUUGUUUAGUUUUUAUUUCCCUAGAACUAUGAAUGAAAAGUUAUAAAAAAUAUUUUCUUUAUUUUUUUGUCUGU